AUGGGAGUGGUUGGGUGCCACAGUUUAUUGGAGUGGUUGGUUGGCACAGUUUAUUGGAGUGGCUGGGUGCCACAGUUUAUAGGAGUGGCUGGGUGCCACAGUUUAUUGGAGUGGCUGGGUGCCACAGUUUAUUGGAGUGGCUGGAUGACACAGUUAAUUGGAGUGGUUGGUUGGCACAGUUUAUUGGAGUGGCUGGGUGCCACAGUUUAUUGGAGUGGCUGGGUGCCACAGUUUAUUGGAGUGGCUGGGUGCCACAGUUUAUUGGAGUGGUUGGUUGCACAGUUUAUUGGAGUGAUGCGUAUUUGUUGGUUCCCAGGAGUUCUAGUAUUGAUGGUCAACUUUGCUUUAGUUGAUGUUGCUAUCAACCCUGCCCCAGCUAGAGACAAGUGUUUGUCCUAUGAAAGCAAAUAUGUAACUGAACACAGAGCCUGUGACUGUGUUGUCUACCAGAGCUAUGGCCUGUCGAGAGGGAACUUCCACUCACCAAACUACCCACAAGUCUACGACAGGGGCAUCGAGUGUAUCCUCUUCACAUUCAUUGGUGAUGUCGAUGAAAGGGUUGAACUCACAUUUGUUGAAUUUGACCUAAAAUGGAAAGAGCCAGGUGCAGAGAAGUGA